GUGGUUUUUCAUAGGUGAACAACAUAACCUGCAUUCAAAAUGUCCAGCACCGCUGUACCAAUGCAGAACAUGGGGAAUGGCUACACCAUUGUGACUCAUGUCAUUUCCCAACCAACGGCACCAACUGGAACAGAAAGCAUGGCUGGUCUAGGUCCAUUUCUGAAAUUUCUGAAAGGAGAACCAAAGGCAUUAGGAACCAUCCAAAUAAUGAUUGGACUAAUGACUAUCUUGUUUGGUAUUGUGAUAGUCCACCAUUUUACCUUCAUUCUCUACACUGGUAUCACUUUUUGGGGCUCUUUGUUUUACAUUGUCUCUGGCUCACUCACUGUUGCAGCAAGCAACAAACCCCAUCGCUGUGUGGUGAUCAGCUCGCUGGUGCUUAAUGUUAUUAGUGCUGUAUCUGCUGGAAUAGCAGUCACCCUGUUUUCCUUGCAUAUGGCCUUUGGUCCAUACAUUUACAACUUUUAUGAUGUAUGUUAAAGUUGGACAUCUCACAAAAAGUUUUUGUUAUAUGUUUUGUUAUAUCAGUGUAUCAGUGA